AUGGAGAUUUAUUUUUUAUUGUUAUUAAUUUUUUUGUUUAAUCUAUGUUGCGUCGCGUCUGAGGCUAGUCUUAAGUACAUAUUCAUCCUUGAAAAACACGAUGUCGAUGUACCGGAGCAAAUUGCUACAGCAAUUAAAACAAUUGAGAAAGCAAAACCAGGACUCCGUGUUGGUGAUGACAUCAUAUUUCUAGACAGAGAAAACGAAGAAGAUGCCUACAAUCAACUUUGCUCCUCAAUUUCCAAGGGCGUGUCUUUAAUCAUUGAUCUGUCGUGGGCCUCUUGGGAGAUGGGAUCUGGUCUGCCCAUCAUCAGAGCGUCUUUGGACUCACAGGAUCUGAUUACUGCAAUGAAUAGCUAUUUAGAGUCAAGGAAUGCGACGGACGCAGCCAUUUUAGUUCAAAGUGAAAAUGAUGUUGACAGGACGCUAUACACCCUCCUGGGUAAAUCGAACGUCAGAGUGUGGGUCAAUUCAGGUCUCACGAGGGACUCCGCCAGGUCACUGUCAAAGAUGAGACCUGACCCGAGCUUCUACAUCAUUGCUGGAGAUAGAAAUUUUGUCACAAGAACUUAUAAACGGGCUGUCAAAGAAAAGCUUGUGCGUCGCGAUUACCGCUGGAACCUGGUAAUAAAUGAUUACGAGCCGUUCGAUCCGGCAGUGUUGGUGUUGCCAUCUGUCAUUCUGCAAAUAGAUACAAAUGAGUGUUGCAAGCUUAUUGGUGUCAGCGAGUGUACUUGUCCUGCGAAUACUCAGCGUAAACAAUUAAUUCUAACUAAUUUACUUCAGUAUAUAUCAGAGACGUGUAUUACAUUAAAUAUUGGUCUAACGAAAAUGACAUGUGACGAACACAACAAUGACACCAUGGAACCAAUUGUCAUCUUUAAAAAUGGCGGGAACGAGAGCCUGUUUUAUUGGAAUGACGAAGACUUAAACCUUCGAUCUCCCUUCAUCUUGUCCACCUUCAAACCGACUGAAGGUCUUCAACGAGCUGCUUCCUGGUCCUCAAAUGAAGAGUAUAAAACAUUACAGGGAUUUGAGUUUGAGCCUUUAAGGGAUUUCUUUAGGAUUGGGACUUAUCCGGCUGUGCCCUGGACUCUGCCAAAACUGGACCCAGUGACAGGCGAUGCUAUGUACACAGAAGAUGGACAGCCACUGUACGGAGGAUAUUGUGUGGAUCUUAUAGAAAAAAUUGCUGAGGAAACUGAUAUAGCGAUUUCGGCUUUAACCAUGACAGCUGAGAGGGAGGAGGUUAUUGACUUUGUAGCGCCAUAUUUCGAACAAACUGGAAUACUUAUUGUAAUUCGUAAGCCCAUCCGUAAGACUUCACUGUUUAAAUUCAUGACUGUUUUACGAACGGAGGUAUGGCUUAGUAUCGUCGCUGCCCUAUUACUAACCGGCCUCAUGAUAUGGCUUCUGGAGAAGUAUUCACCGUAUUCGGCCAGGAAUAAUCCAGAUGCCUACCCGUACCCAUGCAGAGAGUUCACUUUGAAAGAGAGUUUUUGGUUCGCCCUUACCUCCUUUACACCACAAGGGGGUGGUGAGGCGCCCAAGGCCCUCUCGGGUCGGACACUUGUGGCUGCAUACUGGUUGUUUGUGGUACUCAUGCUGGCGACAUUUACAGCCAAUUUGGCCGCGUUUCUAACAGUUGAGAGGAUGCAGACACCCGUGUCAUCGUUGGAGCAGUUGGCCCGUCAGUCUCGUAUCAAUUACACUGUGGUGGAGGGUUCGACUGUACACCAAUAUUUCAUUAACAUGAAGUUCGCUGAAGACACACUAUAUAGAGUAUGGAAAGAAAUAACAUUAAACGCGACAUCAGAUCAGGCGCAGUACAGAGUAUGGGAUUAUCCAAUCCGGGAACAAUAUGGUCAUAUAUUGCUCGCCAUUAAUGCGUCAGGCCCAGUACCGGACGCGAAAACCGGUUUUCGGCAAGUGAAUGAACAUGCAGAAGCUGAUUUUGCGUUCAUACACGAUUCAGCUGAAGUCAAAUACGAAAUAACGAGAAAUUGCAACCUCACUGAAGUCGGUGAAAUAUUUGCGGAGCAGCCCUACGCCAUUGCUGUCCAACAAGGUUCCAGGUUACAAGAGGACUUGUCCAGGACACUUCUGGAUUUGCAGAAGGAGAGGUUUCUGGAACAGCUGGCUUCCAAAUACUGGAAUGAAACAGCUCGCCAGACAUGUCCAGAUGCUGAUGAAUCGGAAGGGAUCACUCUGGAGAGUUUAGGUGGCGUAUUCAUUGCGACAUUAUUUGGACUGGGUUUAGCCAUGGUUACGUUAGCCUGGGAGGUGUUUUACUACAAACGAAAGGAAAAUAAGGUGAAUGUGUUGGAAAAGCCGAAGAAAAUGGCAUUUUCAAAAGUCAGAAAGAGGAAGGGCCCCAUCACGAUUGGGGACAGCUUUAAACCAGUGUCACAUAUAAAUGUGAACCCAAAAAAUUACAUACCUUAG